AUGGCAUCUACACCAAAGUACAUCAGCAACGAUGUUGCUGCGAUCAAUGAGUUCAUUGACAAAUUCGACGUAUUCCUCCUUGACUGCGAUGGUGUCUUGUGGUCUGGUGAUCACGUUUACGAGGGAGUCCCAGAGACCAUCAACUUCUUGAGAUCAAAAGGAAAGAGGGUCGUCUUCGUCACCAACAACUCCACAAAAUCCCGUGAUGAGUAUCUCAAGAAACUCACAGGGCUUGGCAUCCCAAGCGAGAAGGAUGAUGUCUUUGGUUCCAGCUACUCUGCUGCGAUCUACAUCGCCCGUAUCUUGAAGCUGCCCGAGGGUAAGCGCAAAGUCUUCAUUAUCGGAGAGUCGGGAAUUGAGCAGGAACUUGAUUCUGAAGGUGUUCCUCAUAUUGGAGGCACUGAUGAGGCCUUCCGACGGGAUAUCACAAACGACGACUUCAAGGGUAUCGCUGAUGGUUCAUUGCUCGACCCCGAGGUGGGAGUUGUUCUCUGUGGUCUUGACUACCAUGUCAACUACCUCAAGUACGCCCAUGCCAUGCACUACAUCAAGCGCGGAGCUACAUUCCUCGCUACCAACGUCGAUUCGACAUUGCCAAUGCACCACAACUUCUUCCUCGGUGCUGGUUCCUGUCACAUCCCCGUUGUUCACGCUACAGGACAGCAACCUUUGGCGCUCGGUAAGCCUAGCCAGGCAAUGAUGGAUGCUGUAGAGGGCAAGUUCCAGCUUGACCGAGCCCGCACAUGUAUGGUUGGUGACCGACUUAACACUGAUAUCAAGUUCGGCAUUGAGGGCAAGCUCGGCGGAACACUGCAUGUUCUAACUGGCGUGAACAAGAAGGAAGACUGGGAGAAGGAAGAUGCUAUUGCCGUGCCUUCGUACUACGCCGACAAGUUCAGUGAUCUGAGAAUGGCCAAGGAAUAG